AUGUCAACUAGAAGUCUCCUGAUAGCUUUCGAUCAAUACCAACGAUCCAGAUUACAAUUUGCGCAAUCUAUAUCGGAUUUAGCCCUCAAGCCGCAACAUUUGGAACUUUUAAUAAAGGGCGGUGUUAUAGAAUUACUCAGACCCCUUUUGAACGAUCCUUGCAUCCAAAUCCAACAGUGCUCCGCCAUAGCCAUCGGCAGGAUCGUCCAUCACGAUGCCAAUAUCGCUGAAUCGGUCAUCAAUCAGGGAUUCAUUCCCAUUUUACUCAAUUCGAUGAUUACAGGAAACAAAUUCCAGAAGAAAGCCGUCGCGUUCGUGCUGAGAUCGCUGAGCAAACACAACGCCAACUGCGCCUUCCAGGUCAUCAACGCCGGGGGUUUACAGGCGCUAAUCGGAUGUUUGGAGGAGUUCGAUACCUGUGUAAAGGAAGCGGCCGCCUGGGCGAUCGGCUACAUAGCCAGGCACUCCAAGUCCCUGGCGCAAACCUGCGUCGACUCGGGCGCCGUCCAACUGCUCCUGUUGUGCCUGCAGGAGCCCGAGAUCACGCUCAAACAGAUCACCACCAGCGCCAUAUCGGACAUCGCCAAGCACGGCCCCGACCUAUCCCAGAGCGUCGUCGACGCCGGCGCGGUGCCCUACCUGGUGAAGAACCUCAGCAACACCGACGAGAAGCUGAAGAAGCAGAUCCUAUCGGCUUUGAGUUCCUGCGCGAAGCACCGGAUGGAUUUGGCCGAGGUGGUGGUGGAGGCGGAGAUCUUCCCCUCGGUGCUGCUGCACCUGGCCCAUCCCUGUUCGGGGGUGCGUCGCAACGCCGCCGCUUUGGUGCGGGACAUCGUGAAGCACUCGCUGGAAUUGACGCAAUUGGCCGUCAACACCGGAGGCAUCGGCGCGCUGAUGGAGGUUUUGUACCAGAACGAUUCCGAUGGGGCCAUCGUGCCGACGAUCACCGCUUUGGGAUUCAUCGCUGCGCAUUCGGAGCACCUGGCGAUGUCCAUACUGGGCUGCAAGAUCAUCGUGAUCUUGGCGAACAUCCUGGAAAACUCCGCCGACGAUACGUUACUGUCGGUGACCGCUUGGGCCAUAGGGCAGAUAGGCAAGCACAGCGCCGAGCAUUCGCAGGCGGUGGGCGCCGCCAAUUUGUUCCCGAGAUUGAUCGAAUUGCACGAGAGCGACAAAUCGUCGGAGGAUCUGAAGUACAAGUGCAAGAACGCCCUGAAGUACUGCCUGCAGAAGUGCCUGUUGCUGUCCGCUUUGGAGCCGCUGCUCUAUUCGGCGCCGUCGAGCAUCUUGAAAUACGUCCUCGGGCAGUAUAGUAAGGUGUUGCCCCAAGACUCGAAAGCUAGAAGAUUGUUCGUGACUACCGGGGGCCUCAAGAAAGUCCAAAUGAUCGAAGCCAAGCCCGGCACGACGCUCUUCGAAUACAUUUCCGUUAUCAAUUCGUGCUUCCCCGAAGAAAUCGUUCGUUACUACUCGCCCGGGUAUCCCGAAACUCUUCUGGAUAAGGUCGAGCAAUACUCGCCGCAAAUGAUGACAGUGUUGAAAGAAACCGAUAUAAAUGAAACCGAAAUGCAGACAGAUAUGAUAAAUGCUGACGAUCACACGUCCGACGACGAGGACGACAGGAAUUUACCCCCCACAUGA